UUGCCAGUAGCUUGCACUACACAAGAAAUAAAUAUCAAUAUGAGCAAGAUCUUUUUGGUUAUAAUUUUGUCCAUACAACUACUAACAGUAACAGCAUUCUACCCCGAAAGUUAUGAUGUUGACAUCUACACUGCGAUUAAAAGAAGCUUGUAUUUACGAAACAUACCGGAAGAUAGUUGUCAACUAAAAAUGUGUCGCUCAGAUUUGUGGUGCCUGGAGUCAGGUGAACCAAUUAAACAAUAUCAUGAGCUGAAGAUGUCAAACGACAAGGAGAUGAAAUUGAUCUGUGUAUAUUGCUUCAAUCCAGAAAAGACGUUUAAACCCAAACCAGGGGUAACCCAGUACAAAAAUGUGAUACGUUUCAAUCAAGUUGGUCCUGGUUGUUACAGACCUAAAGAUCAGCUUAAAGAAGUCCCAAACGGAUGCAAGUGUCCUAAGUGAACCAAUAACAACGUUAAAACUAUAAAAACAUACAUAACAAAUAAAGU